AUGACCAAGGCAUACGAUCGAGUGGAUUGGCAUUAUCUUGAGCAGGUAAUGAGGCAGCUAGGUUUCCACACCUUAUGGAUUGGAUGGGUCAUGGAAUGCGUAAAAACGGUAUCCUUCUCUAUAACCGUGAAUGGGGAAGCUGGGGAGUCUUUUCACCCUAGUAGAGGUAUUCGCCAAGGCUGCCCUUUAUCACCUUAUUUAUUUCUAUUGUGUGGUGAGGGAUUUACAGCGCUUUGCAUUGAUCAUGUAAGUAAAAAGCUUCUCUAUGGCUUUCGUAUUAAUCGUCAUUGCCCGGUUGUUUCCCAUUUAUUAUUUGCGGAUGAUUCUGUUGUGUAUUAUCAAGCAAUGGAGCGAGAUUGUGCUGCUCUAUAUAAUAUUAUGGAGUUGUAUGAAGCUGAUCUGCUAAUGAAUCAAAUCUCUGCCGAGAUUGCAAAAUUUUGGUGGGGUUCAAAAGAAGCGGAACGCAAAAUUCACUGGAUAAAAUGGGAUAAGCUGAGUCGGUGUAAAGGCAAAGGUGGAUUGGGGUUUCGUGACUUGGACGUUUUUAACAGGGCCUUGAUAGCUAAACAAGGGUGGAAGUUGAUUUCCGGUGAACCAUCUCUCUUCAAACGAAUUUUCAAGGGCAAAUACUUUCCCAACACGACUUUCUUCAAUGCAAAUGUAAGUAGCCAGGCAUCGUGGGCUCUGAGAAGCAUUUGUUGGGCUAGAGAGUUACUCAAUAAAGGUUGGAGGUGGCAGGUUUGUUCAGGAAAAGACAUUCGAAUUUGGGAGGACCAUUGGCUACCAAAACCACCAGCUUUCAAGGUCAGCCCGAGUUCGGUAAUAAGUAGCACCAUAACUUAUGUUUCUGAUCUUAUUGACAAUUCCACAAAGACUUGGAAGAUGCAGCUGAUCAAAGAAAGUUUCAAUGAAGAAGAGACAACUGUUAUCCUUUCCUUGCCUAUUAGUACCACGCAAAGAAGGGAUCGCAAAGUAUGGCAUUACUCCCCAAAUGGUGUAUUCACUGUAAAAUCUGCUUAUUGCUUGGAAAAAGAGAGCUUGAUCAAUGAGCUGGAUAAUCACGGAGCUCAAACUAGUUCUGCUAAUGUGAUGGCACUGAUUUGGAAGAAGUUAUGGGGCUUGCCUAUCCUCCCAAAGAUCAAAUUUUUUGCUUGGAAGUGUUUCAAUGAAGCUCUAGCAACCAACUCAGCCCUAACCGCUAAGAAGAAAAGACCUGAGGAAGGCAUGAUAAAAAUUAAUGUUGAUGCAGCGGUAUCAAAGGCAACGAGCACUAUUGGCACAGGAGCAAUUGCUCGGAAUGCGAACGGCUCCAUUUUGGAAAUCUUUAAUAAGUCAUAUGAAGGUCUCACCUCUCCACGGCUUGCGGAGGCUAUGGCAAUUAGAAAUGGAUUGAAUUUGGGUGUUGCUCUGAAUGUAGGACGUGUUCUUAUUGAAUCGGAUGCGGAAUCGAUUGUCCGAAGCUGUUCCAUGUCAAAAAUCCACCCUCUGAUAUUGCAGUUUUGGUACAAGAUUGUUUAG